GUGAUGGCUGAUUCGAAGGACCAAUUCCAUGUUGUCGAUCUGGAUCCCUAUGGAACUGCAGCUCCCUUUGUCGACUCGGCUCUGAAUUCACUCAAGGACGGGGGUCUUUUGCUGGUCACUUGCACGGACCUUGGCGUGCUAGCUGGAGCUGGCUAUCCUGAGAAAUGUUUUGCAUUAUACGGAGGAAGUCCAUUGCAUGGAGACGUUACUCAUGAAUCUGCUCUUAGACUCGUCUUGCACAUGAUCUCAACGACUGCUGCUAAAUACAAAAAAUGGAUCGAGCCGCAGCUCUGUUUAUCUAUUGACUUCUACGUCCGUCUGUUCAUACGGGUCAGGACAUCUCCUAUCAAGGUUAAAGAGCUUGCGUCCAAUCAGAUGAUAUGCUACAAAUGUUCUGGAUGCUACACUAUUUACAAUCAGCCUCUCGGGCGAUGGACGGAGAAUCCAAAUGCAACCGCUAAACAAAACAGUAAGAAGUACGGCCUGAGUAAAGGGCCGCCUGUUGGUCCAGAGUGCACAUUCUGCGGCUUUACAAAUCACCUUUGUGGUCCAAUGUGGAGAGGACCUCUGCACAAUCCUGCAUUUAUUGACCGCGUUCUUGGCCUUGAAGAGUCGGCAGAUGAGUCUAUAUUCAAGACUCGUCCUCGAAUCAAGGGUAUGCUGACGAUGGCCAAAAAUGAGCUGGUUGACGUUCCCUUCCAUGUCAAGACAACGACACUUUCUGCAAUUCUGAAAGGACCAAGCCCAUCGCUCGAUACAUUUGCGGCUGCACUGUCAAAUCUUGGGUACCGGGUCUCGCUCUGCCAUUCGGCCCCCGGUGCAAUCAAGACUGACGCUCCAUAUGAGGUUAUCUGGUAUGUCGGCAAGCUGUGGACAGAGAAGAAUGGAGUGACGGCCGACAAACUGAACCCAAACACUGCCGGACACAGAAUCAUGACGGAUAACUCAAUUGGCAAGAACAUUGAUCUUUCGUCGCUUAACAAGGAUAAGAAAGUCGACGAUAUAACCUGGUUGUUCCAGCCCAACGGGGAAAGCAAAAAGCUAAAGGAAUUGCGCAAGAUAAAGAUUGUCAGAUACCAGGAAAACCCAACGGCCAAUUGGGGUCCUAAAGCCAGACCUCACUAAUUUUUGUAUAAUGAAUCGAUCGAA